ACACUACUUCCGUUUCAGGUCAGAGUCAGACCGCUAGCUGCAUGUUGUUUCACACUCAAUACUAAACAGUGUAGCCUACAUGAGACAACAUGCCACUUAUCAUAAUGUGUGGUUUCCCUUGUAGUGGGAAAACACGAAGGGCAGUAGAAUUAAAACAUUAUUUUGAACAGAACGCAGAAAGAAAAGUUCAUGUUGUAGGAGAUGGAACGUUGGGGAUCGAGAGAAAUGCCAUGUAUGCAGAUUCACAGAGUGAGAAAAGUGUGAGAGGAGCUUUAAGAGCUGAGGUGGAGCGGAAGGUCAGUAAGGAUGAUAUUGUCAUUCUGGAUUCAUUGAAUUACAUAAAAGGUUACAGAUAUGAACUUUUCUGUCUUAUUAAACACACACAGACGCCUCACUGUCUGGUGUACUGUUUGACAUCAGCGGAAGUGAGUUCGGCAUGGAAUACACACAGGGAUGUUGGGGACCAGUACACUCAGGAGAUCUUGGAUGCAUUAGUUUUGAGGUUUGAAGCACCAGACUCCAGAAACAGAUGGGACAGCCCACUUUUCACUAUUCAGAAAGAAGACACACUUCAGUUUGAAGCCAUCUCAGAUGCCAUCUUCAAAAGAAAAGCCCCGCCUCCUAACCAGUCUACACAGAGUCAACCACUGUCAUCAACAAACUUUUUGUAUGAACUGGACAAGGUCACACAAGAUGUAUUGAUGGCUAUUCUGAACUCACAGAAGACAAGUGUUCCUGGGGAUCUCAUUGCAGUACCAGGUGCUACAGAAAAGAUAGAACUCACUCGAAGUCUCAACAUGGUGGAACUCCGGAAGCUACGUCGCCAGUUCAUCAGUUACACCAAAACACACCCGACAGAGAACAUUGGACACAUUGCUAACAUGUUUGUACAGUAUCUAAACAAAAGUAUUCAUUGAGUCUCGAUGAACAGAAAAGCCUUUUGUUCAGAGUGAGACAUGUAGCUUCUGUCAGUGUUUUUCUUUAUACUGUGUGAGACAAAUACAUUUGUUUUAAGGCACAUAUCUUCAUCGAUACUGUUGCAUGAUUUCAUAUUGCUCUGUAGUUCCUUGGUUUCUUUCUUUGUUUAUAUAGAUAUUUGAACAAUGGUUUUGGAGCCUCUGAACUAAGAAGCUUCAGCUCCAGUGCAUUCAGUGCACACGUUUACAUUUAAAUUGGCUUUAUUCUGCUCACUUCAGUCAGUGUGUUGAAUGGCAGGUUUUUUGCACAGGCCCCUGGCCUGACUUCAAAAAGCAAUAGCAGCUUUUCAUGUGUUAAACCUCAGUUAAAAAUGUUUAACAUUGUAAUAAGAAGGAUUUGUUAGGGCUUGUGAAUUCAGUGCCUAGGUUUUCUGUUCAAAUGCACCAGAAUUGCAAGACCCAUUGAGCUUCUGUAUGAGUGCAGUUGUUACUCAUGGAAUCCUGUACUUAUUGUCAACUGUCAGUAAGUGCUUUUGGCCUUGUCUUUGGAUGUCCUUAAGGCUUAGAAGGAAUCAACCUUUAUGCUCCAUCAAGCCUUCCGACUAAACAUAGAUGAUGAUGGAAAUGUAUUUCCGAGUGCGCUGACACUUGUAGGGGUUUUCCAUUUCCUGUUCAAUAAAUCAUUUACUAAAAGCAA